AUGGGCUUCUCGCGAGCAUCCCGGAUAGGGCGUGUGGGAGGGCGAGGGAUGUUGGCAUUGCUGCUGGCCGGUCUCCUCCUGCAAGGGACCUUGGCCAAGAGCAUUGGGACCUUCUCAGACCCCUGCAAGGACCACACGAGUAUCACCUCCCCCAGUGACCCCUGUCUCCUGGGGAAGGGGGGCUCCAACAGCUUCAAUAGCCAAAGUGGCUCCAGCAGUUCCAGCAGUUUCCUUUCGAGUUCCAGUGGCUCCCGUGGUGGCUCCAGGGGCGGCUCCAGCGGAUCCAUUGCUACCCAUGGUCGUUCUUCAGGGUUUUCGUUAUUUAAGCCAGGAACGGGGUAUUCCCAGAUAAGCUACUCCUCUGGACCUAGCUCUAGUCUACAGGGUGCAUCUAGUUCCUCCCAGUCAGGAAGCCUCAGCUCCCAGUCUGGAGGAGGCUCGAGCUCUUCUCUUUCCCAAACCUCCUCAAUGUCCAGCAGCAGUGGCCAGAAGGUCAAUGCCAAGCUGCGCCCCUGUAGUUCCAACAUCCCUGACUCUCCCUGCAGUGGGGGACCCAUCGUCUCACACUCUGGCUCCUACAUCUCCAGCUCCCACUCUGUGUCUGGGGGUAAAACGCCUGUAGUGGUGGUGGCGGAGCAGCACGGCUCUGGUGGCCCCAGAGUGGGUCAAAGCAUCCCCUGUAGCAACGGUGGCCUUCCAGGCAAGCCCUGCCCCCCCAUCACCUCUGUAGACAAAUAUGGAAGCUAUGAGGUGGUGGGUGGCUCCUCUGACAGUUAUCUGGUCCCAGGCAUGACCUACAUCGGGGGCAAAAUCUACCCGGUGGGCCAUUUCAUCAAAGAGCACCCCAUGAAAGGCUCUCCAGGGGUUCCCUCCUUUGCAGCCGGGGCUCCCAUCUCUGAGGGCAAAUACUUCUCCAGCAACCCCCUCAUCCCCAGCCACAGCUCUUCUAGUUCCAACAUCUACCAGUCGGGAGCUUCCUCGGCCAUCGUGUUCCAGCCGGUGGGCUCUGGUGGGGUCCUACCCUAUGGCGUUGGCUCCAAGGGCUCUAAGGAGCCCUGCUCCCCCUCCAGCUCUGGAGUCCACAGCAGUUCUAGCCUUUCCAGCAGUUCUGGUUCAUCUUUCCAGCCCUGUGGUGGUGUUUCCCAGAGGCCCAGCUCUUCACCAGGCACUGGCUCCUUCAGUGGCACCUCCAGCUCCCAAUCCCAUGGUGAAAUCAUCCUUCAACCCUGUGGCAGCAAGUCCAGCUCUUCUGGUCACUCUUGCAUUUCUGUCUCCUCCUCAACAUUGAGUAGGGGUCCAUCUGGCUCUUCCCAACAUGACCCCUCAGCUGGUGCCAAGCCCUGUGGCUUUGGCAGCUCUGGAACGAUCCCCUGCCACUCCAUCUGGGACAUCCUAACCCAAGUGAAGCCCCUGGGGCCCCAGCUAGCUGACCCUGAAGUUUUCCUACCCCAGGGAGAGUUACCUAACAGUCCAUAA